AUGCGCACUAUUGUCCUAUUGCAUCUCCUCUUCGCGGCACAUGUGUGCUAUUGUGGUCUUGCUGCUGCGGAUCAAGAGAAGGCAGUAGAGGACCAACAGACUCGACUCAACGAGGCUGGCGUUGACAAAGGCUCUACCGGGCAACGCCAUGUCAGAAUCGACCCAAGCAAUGACAAGGAAGACGAAGAACGGGUUUCUCCCUUCAGCAAACUCGGCGAGCUGUUCAAGUCCAAGAAGCUCACCACCACAUUAUUCGAGAAGGUUCAAAAGGACUCUGGCGUUGUGCCGCCGCUACAGAAGGCGACGUCCGACGGUCUCUGGCAGCGCCUGCGAGCGCACUUUCGCAAGCUGAAGGCCAACGCUUCUCCAAUCGAGAAGGCCUUUUUCGUGGUGUUUUUCAUACUCUUCGUCGCCUCAGGAGUCAUCCUGUCUGGAACGGCCUUCAGUUAG